AUGGUCUGUGUCCUCCACAGUCGUCACGUGCCCUCCUCCUCCCCCUCAGACCUCCUCCCUCCCCCUCGGGGGGAGUCAAAGCCUCGCUCUCUGCGUUUCACUUGGAGCAUGAGGACCACCAGCUCCAUGGAGCCCAACCACAUCCUGCGAGAGAUCCGCAAAGUGCUGGACGCCAACAGCUGCGACUACGAGCAGCAGGAGAGCUUCUUGCUGCUGUGUGUGCACGGGGAGGCCCGGCCGGAGGGGGAGGCCACGGGGGAGGCUGCGGGGGAGGGACGAGCUGACCUGGUGCAGUGGGAGAUGGAGGUGUGUAAACUGCCACGACUGUCGCUCAACGGAGUCCGCUUCAAGAGGAUCUCAGGCUCCUCUAUCGCCUUCAAGAACAUAGCUUCUAAAGUGGCCAACGAGUUAAAACUAUGA